CCGGCCUACCUCGCCUUCCCUUAAAGCUUCGGGCGAACGGUUGGAAAGCCGUGUUCCUCUUUUCUUGGACAUCGAGUUUGGACGUGUCGUUAGCCAAACAUGUCAAAAUCGGAGGCACCCCGCGAGCCAGAGCAACUCCGGAAGCUCUUCAUCGGAGGCCUGAGUUUUGAAACUACUGAUGAAAGUUUAAGGGCCCACUUUGAGAAAUGGGGAACCCUCACAGACUGUGUUGUAAUGCGGGACCCAAACACCAAGCGUUCCAGAGGGUUUGGCUUUGUCACAUAUUCCGGUGUAACAGAAGUUGAUGCAGCAAUGGAUGCACGGCCGCACAAAGUUGAUGGCAGAGUUGUAGAACCAAAGAGAGCCGUUUCCCGAGAGGAUUCCACAAGGCCUGGUGCUCAUCUAACUGUCAAAAAGAUAUUUGUUGGUGGUAUCAAAGAAGAUACAGAGGAGCACCAUCUGAGAGACUACUUUGAGCAGUAUGGCAAGAUUGAAGUAAUUGAGAUAAUGACUGACAGGGGCAGUGGAAAAAAGAGGGGCUUUGCUUUUGUUACCUUUGAUGACCAUGAUUCAGUGGACAAAAUAGUCAUUCAGAAGUACCACACGGUAAAUGGCCAUAACUGUGAAGUCCGAAAGGCACUGUCAAAGCAGGAAAUGGCAAGUUCAGGGCGAGGAGGUGGCGGCAGUGGAAACUUCAGCCGCGGUGGUGGUGGAGGUGGUGGAGGAUUUGGAGGUAAUGAUUUUGGCCGUGGUGAGAACUUCGGUGGCCGUGGUGGCUUUGGCAGUGGAAGAGGAGGUGGAUAUGGUGGAGGUGGUGAUGGUGGCUACAAUGGCUUUGGAGAUGGUGGAUAUGGUGGUGGUGGCGGCGGUGGUCCUGGCUAUGGAAGUGGCAAUCGUGGUUAUGGUGGGCAGGGUUAUGGAAACCAGGGAGGUGGAUACGGAGGCAGCGGCGGUGGAUAUGAUGGAUACAAUAAUGGUGGUGGCGGCGGCGGAGGAGGAAACUUUGGAGGAGGAAAUUUUGGAAGCAACUACAAUGAUUUUGGCAACUACAACACUCAGUCCUCUUCAAGUUAUGGUCCUAUGAAGGGUGGCAACUUUGGUGGAAGGAAUUCUGGUGGUCCAUAUGGAGGUGGCUAUGGUGGUGGAGGUGGCAGCAGUGGCUCUGGUAGUGGAGGUUAUGGUGGCAGUGGUGGGAGAAGAUUUUAAACAUGCAAGGAAUCAGUACUUAGAGAGGAACCAGAGAAGUGACAGGGAAGCUGCAGGUUACAUCCUAGAUCUGCUCAGCCAAGCACAGUCGUGGCAGCCUUAAGAGUUGCUACACGAAGAGAGGAAAUUGUACUAUAAGUGUGUAGCAAUCAUGUGAUGGGGGGGAGGGGGUUAUGAUAUUCUGUGUUUUUAAUACUGUCCAUGCAGGAUAUUUUUGUAGUUGCUAUUGUUUCUGUGAAAAUGUAAAGCAUUCCAAUAAGGUUUUAUGUAGAUUUAAUUUUGUUUUAUAGCACCAUUUAUGGUGUUUUUACGUGUAACAAUGGCAAAUCAAGCUGAAAUAAACCAUCUUCAUUUUUAAGUAUU